GCAAAACUUAUAUGCUACAACUAAGCAAAACUUACAUGCAACAACCAAGUGAAACAUAUAUGCAAGAACUAGAUGAAACUUACAUGCAACAAUUGGGUGGUGAAGUUUACAUACAACAAGUAGGCAACGAAGCUUAUGUGCAACAAGUAGGCUACAAAGCUUAUAUACAACAAGUAGACAACAAAGCUUAUAUACAACAAGUGGGCGACGAAGCUUAUAUGCAACAUCUUUUUCAACCAACUAAUAAAUCUUUUUAUGAACAACUUAUAAAUGAUGAAAAUAAUAUAACUAUAAUCUUUAGAAUGUUCUUUCUAGUAUAUAUUGUUUUUAACUAA